UCUUGAUCCAUCCUGAGCAUCAUAUCAACCGUAAAAAAAAAAAAAUUAUAUAUUUCUGAUGAAUUUUUUUUGCUGGGAAAAUAGUUUCGGUUAAACUAAUCAAUCACUUGGGGUUGUUCUUUUGGUUUUCUUCUUUCAUGUUAUAAAAAUUGAUACUUUUAUGGUUUAAACUUAGCUUUAUUCCUUGGCGAAUUGAUUCUUUCUCUUCUAAUAUUAGUUGUAAGAAGAUUUGCUCAGCUUGAGAGAGAGAGAGAGAGAGAUCGAGUACGGAGCUUGUUCUGAUCGUUGUAAGUAACCAUCUUUUUAGAACAUUGGGCUUUUGUUGACAUGGUUUAAAGCAAUUCCUCUGUUUGCCUUAGAAUUCUGAUCCGAAGCAAAAGUGAUUUUGCAGUGGUUUCUCUCAGUAUGGAAGAAGCCCAUUCAGUGAAUAGUCCGAGACGAGUAUUAAGCUUCUCCAAGAGAAAGAAGCAAAAGCCCGGUUUCAGGGAUUCAGACAGCAGAAGGUCAUUUCCCUUCAAAGCAUCACAAGUUCAUCAUGGACCCAAACCCUCAGAGGUGUAUGGUUUUGUAGGUUCCAUUUCGACUGUUGUUGCCACUGUCAUCUUCUUGAUAUGGGCUUAUGUACCAGAUAAACUCUUGGAGUCUAUAGGUAUCCAUUACUACCCAAGCAGGUACUGGGUACUCGCUAUGCCAACGUAUUUGAUGGUCACUCUGAUGCUUACUUUGGCCUUCUACAUUGGUCUCAACUUCAUCGCUACUCCACCUCCAACCUCUCUCAAUACCUUGUUUGAUGAGUACAGUAGAGAACCUGGGGAACUCGAUCCUAGGAUGGAAGAAGGUGAAGACAGGCCUAUAGAUCCAAUUUCUGACAUUGAUAUUUCAAGAAUCAAUGAUCUCAUGUUCAAUUCAAAGUGAUGUCAAGUGAUGGCUAUGUAAUCAGCAGCUGAGUAAAGCUGAGGCCUCAAGUUCUUGCGCCCGUGUUACAUAAAAGUUGGAGAAUAAACAAUCCAAACAAAACAGAAGUUUCUUUGUCGAGUAUUCUCCACGUAAAACUCUAGAUCACAAAAGCUAAAGAAAAACGCAGAUUACAAAGCUAUUGUAUUAAUAAUCCCAAUAGCUAAUAAUACUGACCCCAGAUGCAAGUCUU